AUUGGGAGACCCAGCAGGUGCUUGUGACUGAGGAGUCCUUUGACGCCCAGUACUAUGUGGCUCACAACAAAUAUUAUGAGCAGGUGCUUGUGCCCAAGAGGUCAGAGUUCAAGGGGAAGAUGAUUGAGGUGGAGAUCUUCGAGGCAGGCAAACACUUCCUGAAGGGAAGACCGCUGGACGGCUCUGAAGUGUUCACUCCCUCCAUCGCCGAGCCGCUGCAGAAGGGAGAGGUGUCUGGGCUAACUCAGGAGCAGCUGUCCCUCCAGCAGAAUGGAUCCGUCCCCUCCUCCGGCGUGCUGACUGCAUCCUGGAGCCCCUGGAGCUUGGACAGAGAGGGGCUGAAGCUGCUGUCCAUCAGCCUGGCUGUGGUGGCUAUCCUAGUGGUCUUCAUGUGGGAGAAACUCCACUGAGACUGAGGGAGCUGGAAGACUCGGACCUGGGCCUGUAUUCAUAAAGCGUCUCGGAGGAGGAGUGCUGAUCCAAGAUCAGGUCCCUCCUUUACAAUCAUCCUUAUAUUCUACGAGGCAAAACUGAUUCUAGAUCAGCAUUCAUACACUGAGACGCUUUAUGAAUAAGGGACCUGGGUCAAAUACAUAUGUAAAUUAUUUCCAAGUACUUUGUACUGGGCAAACUAAAUCAAGCGUAGCUCGAGUAUUUGAAAGAAUUUGACAUAUUUAUUUGGCCUGUAGGUUUGGUUGAAAUGGGUUUGGAUGGGUCUUAGUUUAGCUUUAUAUGAGAAGGACUUCUCUGUCUUGGACAAAGGGGGGAGGGGAGGGGAGGAAGGGAGGGGAGGAAACAAGGACAGGAUACAAGGAGAGGACAGUUUAAAGACAUGUUGUGUGAUACUCUGGUUUAAGGUGGUGGACAGUAGUACCUUCAAUUAAAAGUAUUUAUUUUUACCACAAUGAAACAGACACAGAUGAACGGUAUAUUUUUGGUAAUGAAUUGACAUGACUGUAAAAGCCCUCUCUGUGUCUGUCGUACUGUAGUACCACAUUGUGAUUGUUUAUGUGCCCUGGUCUGAAGUAGUUAGGGAACAGGGUGCUAUUUGGGAUGCUGUGAUGUACAGCAUGAACCUGCAUGGUGUUGGAUUCUAUUCAUGUACAUCCCAGCAGUGGAUCAUUCUCCUAUCCAGGGGACUUAUUGUCUGGCCUAGGUCCCUGUCCGCCUCUCAAAUGGCACCCUAUUCCCUUUAUAGUGCGCUACUUUUCACCAGGACCUAUGGGGUCUGGCCAAAGUAGUGCACUAUAUAGAAAAUAGAGUGUCAUUUGGGACACAGACUGACAGUGUUUUCUCAUCUUUGUUUGCAGCGUAAAGCUACCCUUAAUAAACCUUAAUAAACCACAACUCCAUGC